AUGGUAAAAUAUUUGUCAUUGUUGUUGCUUAUAUUCUGUUCCCUAUUUAGCCUCUUCCCUCCAUUUCCGGGUGAGGAGAGCUCCCUGAUAUGGGACAACAAGAAGUUUGAAGAGUUACCGAUAGCACACAUAAAAGCCACGUAUAACAACACACAUGUCCAGGUCACAGAUUGUCUGGGCCAGUACAUGGUCCGAACCUCGUGUGGAUCAGAGGGCUUUAAGAAUGUGAAGAAAUCCACUCCUGUUGCAGCACAGACUGCUGGGAUUUCAGCUGCUGUGAAGGCGAGGGCAAAGGGGGUCACCUACGUCCGUGUGCUGGUGAAGGGACUCGGUCCGGGGCGCUUGUCUGCCAUUAAAGGGUUAACCAUGGGAGGACUGGAGGUUGUUUCCAUCACCGACAACACCCCAGUGCCACACAAUGGCUGUCGCCCUCGCAAAGCACGAAGGAUGUGAGGAGGAAGAAACCCCAUGAACCCCAUGAAGUCCUGUUUGUCUUUCUCUCUGCAUUAUCAUCGAACUUCCAGUCUGAAUAUAGAGGUUGAAUGCUCAAUUAUUCAGCUCAACUCUGUUGGGGAGUAAUGCUUUAUUCCUUUAUGUAGCUGCAAAGCUAUGUAUAUGUAUUUACCUUUUUGAUAAUUAUUAAAGUGUGAAGGUGUCACUCAUCAUGUCUGUUUUCAUUCUUAUUAGUGCAUGUACAGCUUUCUGCUACGCAUGGCUGCAUAAUUUAAAAUGCAACCCUGUAAUUCAAAAUCUAAAUUAAACCUAGAAAUAAACAGACAGUGAUCAUUCAGGAUAACAUGGAUCAUCAGGUUUUCAACUUGUGGAGUUCAUUCAGCUUCAGUGAUGCUAUCAUUGAAGUACAAG